GCAUAACAAUUAAUAUUAACCUAAGAGUUAAUAAAACUUAACAAGUCAAAACAACUUUAUCCAUUUAACUAAAACAUGUCCUACAUAAUUAAGUUGGCAUUAUUAACCGCGUUGGUUUGCACCAUGGUCCGGGCCAACAGUUUACCCCGAUUUUUACUUACCGCUGGCACCGAUGCUAAAGAUGCAAACACAUGCAUAGCUCUACUUUUAAAUAGACCAUGUCACAAAAUUGUUAAGAUGAGUCAAACUGAACCAUACUAUUGCUGUAUGCUUUGGAACUUUUUAGAAUGUUUUCAAACUAACUACAGGUCUACAUGUAAACCUGAUGACGCGGCAGCCCUCGAAAAGAUCUGGUAUCAGGUUCACUUAGAUAUGAUUACAAAUGAUUACACUCAGGCUAACUGUACCGCACACAACUAUGGUCAAUAUAUGAGCAGGGACGUUUGCAAAGGCUAAUAUGUUAUAAUAAAUUUAUGAUUAUUAAUAAUAUAUUAUUCAUAAA